ACAAAAAAAACUGAAUUGGUCGAACGAAUUCCAAAUAUAUAGAUCUGAAAAGAGGCAAUUGAACAGGUAUUUUACAUAGAGAAGCGUCGAUUAGGCAGGGCUAAACAAGAAGCGACGAUUCGGGGAACAGGUAUUAUAUAUAGAUUUCACUCACAACAUAACACAACCAAAGUAGCGGCGGUCCUAGCGGAAACAACCAGAUUUGAGAGAUAUGGUAGUAGAUUGGUCUAACUUACCGGAGGAGCUUCUCAACUGUAUCGCCGUUCGAUUGUUCUCCGUCGUCGAACUCAAACGCUUCCGUAGCAUCUGCACAUCUUGGCGGCGCUCAAGUGUGGACAACCCUAUCCCGAGCCGCCGCCCUGUCAUCCACUUCGAUCCCAUCGCCCCUAGCGAAACCCUACUACACGACGAGGACGAGGACGAGGUCUACCGAUGCGAUCCCGGUGCGUUCCUCUCACACAUCGCCUUCUUCCGAGUCACUCUUUCCUCCUCCCCGAGCAAGGGCUGGAUCAUCAAAUCCGAUGUGGACAUCAUCAACUCCGGGAGAAUCCGUUUCCUUCACCCUCUCUCGCAUCAUCCGUUGCGGUGUUAUUCCGAGAGCCUCGAUCUUUUGGAGUUCACUGUCUCCGAGAUUAGAGAAGCCUAUGUGGUUCUUGCCAAAGACAAGGGAAGAGUAACGGCUCCUGGAUUCGAAAGAAGUGUUCUUGUCAAAAUCAAGGAAGGAGAAGAUCAUCAUCAUGGUCAUGGAGUUCUUGGUAUCGGUUGGGAUGGAUAUAUCAACUACUGGAAUGGAAAUGUCUUGAGGAGACUCGAACAGUUGGGUGAUGACUUCUCCGACAUUAUAGUUCACAAAGGGGUAACAUAUGUUUUGGAUUCACAAGGCAUUGUUUGGUGUAUUAGUUCCGAUCUUCAAAUCUCUAGGUACCUAAGCACUUCUGUCGAUGAAACUAUCACUAAUGACUGUUGGGGAGACAUGAGAUUUGUGGAAGGUUGUAAUAAAGAGCUUUAUGUUGUCGAGCGCCUCCCCAAAAAGAAUCCCCGAAAGAGGAAAGCUGAUCGCGCAUUUAACUAUUCCAUGACGGACGGUUUCAAGGUUUACAAGAUGGAUGAGGAGUUAUCAAAAUGGAUACAAGUUAAGACCUUGGGAGACAAGGCAUUUAUGUUGGCUCCCGAUACUUGUUUCUCGGUUUUGGCUCAUGAGUUUCACGGAUGCCUUCAAAACUCUAUUUACUUCACCGAAAAUACAUGGGCUAAGGUGUUCAAGCUAGACAAUGAUAGUGGGAGUAUUAUCACAUCAAAGUCUUCCAAGACCUCUUUCCAAAUGUUUUCUCCUAGCUUUCUCUGAAUCUUGUUUAGGUGGUCAAAGCUACUUUCUUUAUAAUUUAAGAGUACCAAUCAUCUCUAAUAAUAAAAAAAGGUUUACUUUUCAUCUUCA